UUUCCAGAUAGCAGUGACACAAGUUCUGUCACCUAAGUGCCUAGUGUCUUUAAAGUACCAUUAGCACUGUUUCUUGAAGUGUUAGAGCAAGGGAAGGCUAGAAUUAGUUUUUAAUUCCAGAAACUCAAAUUUGGAUUGAGGAAUUCUUACCUACCAAUUGCAACCAUGUGUGGAGGAUUUACAUAUUCCAAGAAUUCAUUGACUGCAUUGAAUAUCUUCUACAUUCUGGUUGCCUUCAUCCUCAUUGGUGUGGCAACUUAUGGAAAGGCAGCUAGUGUUGUGACAAGCGUUAGUGUCAUUGGAGGUAUUGCUGCUUGUGGUGUGUUCCUCCUUCUUUUGGCAAUUGUAGGACUCAUUGGGGCACAGAAGCAUCAUCAAGUCCUCCUCUUCUUUUACAUGGUAGUUCUUUUCCUCCUCUUCGUCAUUCAAGUCAUUAUCGCCAUUGUGUGCCUGGCCAUCUCCAAAGAACAGCAGGAACUCUGGGUUGAGAGAGAUCCCUGCUGCCCUGACUCAGUGAAUGGAAGCAUGUGUUGUAUGACAAAUGCUCCAUGUAAAUGCAAUACAUGCAGAGAUGUGAUUCAGAGCAAGUUGGAACAUGGAGCCAGUGUUAGCGGGGGGCUUGGACUCUUCUUCAGCUUCACUGAGAUAUUUGGUGUUGUGAUUGCAUACCGUUAUCGGCACCAGAUUGAUCCUCGAGCCAACAUUGAGGCAUUGAUGUAUGUAGCCUACAAGUUUCCGGAGAUCAAGAACCACUCAAACAAGUUGGUGAGACAAGGGAGCAGCUAUGCCUUCAUCUCCUCAGACAUGGCUGAUGGGAAGUCCUUGGUGUUGCAAGGGAUGGAAAUCUUUGAUCCAAAAAGCAACUGGAUUUUGUCAACCAAGGGCAUCACUUCUAAAGACUCCAUUGCUGGGCACACCCUCUCUGUCCUCUAUGACAAGUCCCAAACAGAGGAACUACUAUACAUAUUGUACAAUGAUCAACCACCCAACAAAAAGGUGUCCUUUGACAAGGGACACACUAAGGGUGUGUUUGUCCUCGGUCCUACAGGCUCUGGGUUUUGGUUGAUCCACAGUAUCCCCCAUUUCCCAACUGAAUCCAAAGAAGGGUAUCAGUAUCCUAGUUCAGGACACCUAAAUGGGCAAGCCUUUUUCUGCAUCUCAUUCAGUGAGAAGGAAGCUGAUGACAUUGGGAUGCAGCUGCUGUACAAUGACCUGUACAUCUAUGAGGCAAAUGUCCCAGCAGGCUGGGAAACUCGAUACCCAAACCUUGCAGCAGUUGUGAAGAACACUACUGUGAUGAAUCCCCCUUGGUCCCGACAUGUCCAACUCCAGACAUUGAAAGGUGACCCAUUCAUCAGCUUCGCCAAGGAUGCCCGUUAUCACAAUGAACUGUAUGGAGCACUGGUGGCACCAACCUUGCAUGCAGGUCUUUUCACUCAGACAUGGAUGAAUGGGAGGAAUCCAUUGCCUAGUGACUGCAAGGAUCCAUACAAGGUGCUGAAUAUAGAGGAGCUGAGUUUCCCCUUCCCUGGGGUUAGUUACAUGACCAAGGAGGACCACUCAAAAUGGGCCAUCUCCAGCAACCUAUCCACCCCUUGGGUUUGCAUCGGGGACAUCAACCGCAUGGCAGCACAAGAGAAGCGAGGUGGAGGAACGGCUUGCAUUCAAAACCGGAAUCUUUGGAACCAGUUUGCUCAAGCCAUUGUUCAGCUGGAACCUUGCCACUGAUGUGUUCCUUUCUCUAUUUGAGUUAAUAUGAAUGACAGGAUCCUAGGAAAAUGAUCAUAAUAGCAGAUAUUGGCUUUUUCGAGUGUGGUAUAUUGGUGUAAUUGGCAUCCCUCAUGGUCCUUAAAAAGGCAUUGUUCUGUGAUGCAUGUCAGGAGUACAUUACUUGUCAUGCAGUGAUGAUGGGAGAAUCUAAGUAUUUUACUUGCAAUAAGCCUGCAUGUUACCAUUAAAAUAUAAAUCGCAACUUACCACCCUUUGGGCCUUAGUUGUUUUUAUCUGUUGGGCUUAUUUUUUUUUUAUUACUUUCCAUGGCUCUCACAAGGCAUGGUUCAGACUUUUCCCUUUCCUCCAGGAUGUGAACACACUCCUAAGAUGGAAUGUUAUUUUUGUAUGUUUUGUAUGUUUUUUAUUUUAGGGUUUUUUUGUUUUCCUAUGGAGCUGGUUCUUAUGUUCAUUGUUGGGCUUUUCUUGAGCUUUCAUCAUUCCUUUGUCAGAUGUGGCUCUGUUCAUAUUCAAGUUUUCUCCAAUGCAGUGCAAUGUACUCCUAUGUUCUCCAAUGUCUUUCAAUGUGCAACAAGUUGUCCCUCUUUCAUUGCACAUAAGUCAAAUAUCAGAUGUUGAAAUUGUCAC